AAAGAGAAAGAGCUUUGACAUGCGUGUGGUACAUUUCGUUUGUUUAUAUCGAAUCGACGUCUAAUCCAUAUUUAGUCACUGCUUUGAUCGUAUUUUCAAAAAUAUCAGCUGAUCAAAACUUGAAAGUUAUUUAUUUCUCGCUAGAUUCAUGGGUCUUUUAGCCAUGUACCAUUUACCAUGGGUGCGAUUGCAUCUGUUCUACAAUGGCAUUGUACUAUCUGUAGUUUGAUCAAUCCAACUGAAAGAAUAAAAUGUAUUAGAUGUGGGACGCUAAGGGAGCUCUUUGAUGACUCGGAUUUAUCGUCGGUCAUUUAUAAUUUCGACAAAAAUCAAGAGUGUACUGUUAUUCGACGAUUAAAUACUCCAAAAAAGGAAAUUGUUCAAAGUGCUGUGAAUAAUACCCCUAUCGAUGAAUACACAGUUUUACUGACCCCUUCGUCAUUUAAUAAGACUUCUUUAAGCUGUUUAAAAAAAUACUUCAGUUUACCAACUUUAUCAUUUGUCACUUAUUGUACAGUUUGUGACACUUAUUUUACAACAAUAGUCUUGAAAUGCAUAAUAUGUAAUUCACGGUUAAAAAUCAUGAAUAACACAGCAUCACCUUGCAAAGUUUGUUCUUUAACAUACAGAAAUUUUGACAAUUUAAGUUAUGAUAAGCUAUUAAUAUGCAAAUGCCAAAGAAAUAAAUCACUCUCACUUAUAAAGAGUGUGAGCUGUUCAGUGGCCCAAAAAGCCUGCAAUUCUUUAGUAGAUGGACAACAAAAAGACAUAAGAACAACUGCUAGUGGCAUUAAUGAAGUUGGUCCACCUACUAAUUAUAUAUGGACAGUUAAAAAUUUAGUUCCAGCUACUACUUGGACAUGCAAACAAUGUACAUUAUUAAACAGUGCUAAUUUAACAGUGUGUGAGGCUUGUGAAUCUCCAUAUUCACCUGAUUUGAAUAGCAAUUUAAAACCUAGUGUCAUUAUUAAGGUAAAUAAUUGGGCGGAUAACGAAUCUCUUCAUUCAGAAAGUCAUAAACCGUACUACCGACGAUCUCUCUCUGAACUGCCAUCAGCUCACAAUCUACACAUGCCUAACUUAAAUAGAAGUCUCGAAGCUACACUGGGUAGCUUUCCGAAGGUCAGCACCUCAAUGACUGAUAUUCAAUCUUCUCAACAUUCCUCCUUAUUUGAUAAUCUGAAUAGCGUUUGCGGCAAGAAUUAUAACAGCAGGAACAUUUGUGAUACUACUUCUAAGGAUAAAGGGACUCUUUUCACUUAUAUAGGAAUCUCAGAACCGGACAAGGAUAAACAUUUUUAUGAAAAUCAGACCAUUAUUAAUGCCCAGAAAAGAAAUAUCGAAUUUGAUGCCGACAAGCACAACAAAAUUAUGCAACUGAUGAGGGAAUCUACAGGAACGAAGUCUAGCUGGGUGUUGAACGAAAGACGGUGGACUUGCAGGCAGUGUUCAUUCGCAUACAACGGUUUUAGCGUCGAGAAAUGUGAUAUUUGUAAAAGUUGGAGAACGCCGCCAUCGUUGAGUCAGCCUUGUACUGUAACUGUCACGGAAGAUAGGAAUAUCACCAUGAACUGUUCUUCAAACAAACCAAUUAAUUGGAGUGACUCAAAGAUUCAAGUACCAAUUGCUACUCUUGAUCAAGAACUAGAAGACGAUUUUCAAAUUUUACCAGAUGGCGAUAGUCCCACAGAAGAUCAAAAAUGGACUUGCAAAAAAUGCACCUUGGUCAACAGUGAGCGAUCUCUCGUUUGCGAAGCCUGCUACGGCUCCAAGCUCAGAUCCAUCACCCUGAACCACGACAUGACCUUGAAAAAGGGAGAGUUCUGGUCUUGCUCGAAAUGCACCUUGAAAAACUCGCUUAACAACUUAGUGUGCAAAGCGUGCAAGACCGACAAAUAUCCAGAAACUAUGUCUUCUAGGAGUCCAUCUCCUCGCCACGAUAGAUCUAAGAGGAACGUCGUUAGGGGUGCGACCAGUUCGAAGGUGCAAAGUACUCGAAGUAUAACUGUCGUUAAAUCGGAAAGGAGCAAGGUUAAUUUACUUACAGAUUUGGAUCACAAUUCAAUCACUUCAGGGCCUUAUGAACCAUGGCAAUGUCUGGUUUGUACAUUUGAAAAUACUAAAUCUUAUAUAAUCUGUGAUAUGUGUCAAAAGAUGAGAAAAGAUAUAAAUUCUAGUAAUCCGAAAGAACCACCUCGAUUGACACAGCAAGAAAUGAGUAACAAACAUUGGAACUACAUAGUCAAAUAUUGCAAGUUGAAGAAACAAAGUUAUUUAGACGACGAAUUUCCACCUAUGCCAAGUAGCCUAUAUUACAAUCCAUCUGAAAUUAAAGAUUCCCAUGCAGUGAAAUGGAAACGAUUGCGAGAUAUUGUCGUAGAUGACGAAAAGGACUUGCCGUGGGCUGUUUUUCGGAAACCACAACCCUCGGAUAUCUCUCAAGGCGUUUUGGGUAACUGUUGGUUGUUGAGCGCUCUCGCUGUAUUAGCCGAGAGGGAAGAUUUGGUGAGAGCUGUCUUGAUAACGAGAGAGUUUUGUGCACAAGGCGUUUAUCAAGUUAGAUUGUGUAAGGACGGGCACUGGAUUACUGUUCUAGUAGAUGAUUAUUUUCCUUGUGACAAAAGGGGGCAUUUAUUUUAUUCUCAGGCUAAGAGAAAACAACUAUGGGUUCCGUUAAUAGAAAAAGCUGUAGCGAAAAUACACGGUUGUUAUGAAGCUUUAGUUUCUGGUAGAGCCAUCGAAGGCUUGGCAACGUUGACGGGGGCGCCUUGUGAAAGUAUACCGUUGCAAGCAUCAUCUAUUCCAGCGCCGGCAGAGGAAGAACUUGAUGUUGAUCUCAUUUGGGCACAGUUACUUUCGUCGAGGCAAGCGAUGUUCUUAAUGGGAGCUUCGUGUGGAGGCGGCAAUAUGAAAGUGGACGAAGUUGAGUACCAUUCGAAGGGAUUGCGACCUAGACAUGCUUAUUCACUUUUAGAUGUAAGGGAUAUCAAUGGUAUUAGAUUACUCAAACUUAGAAAUCCUUGGGGACACUUUGUAUGGAAAGGCGACUGGUCCGAAGUAUGCCCCAUGUGGACUGCCGAAUUGAGAGCAGAACUGAUGCCGGAAGAAUGCCAAGAUGGCACGUUCUGGAUUGCUUUUACGGAUGUAUUGAAAUAUUUCGACUGCAUAGAUAUUUGUAAAGUUAGAAACGGAUGGAACGAGAUUAGGUUAACUGGUAUACUGCCACCUUUAGCUAGCCAACAACAUUUAUCGUGUAUAUUUCUAACUAUUUUAGAGCCUACGGAAGUGGAUUUUACUUUAUUUCAGGAGGGUCAAAGAAAGUCUGAAAAAUCUCAACGAUCUCAAUUAGAUUUAUGUGUAGUGCUCUUUAGAGCAAGAGCCGGAUCGACAAUAGGCAGUUUAGUGGAACAUAGUAAACGUCAAGUAAGAGGAUUCGUAGGAUGUAAUAAAAUGUUAGAAGCCGGAGAAUAUGUAGUAGUUCCUCUGGCCUUCAACCAUUGGCAUACCGGUCUAGAAGAUGUUGCGGCCUACCCCAGGUAUGUCCUAGCGAUCCACAGUUCUAAAAAAUUGUUUGCCGAAAACAUUCUGCCGCCUAGUUAUAUUUUGGCAGACGCUAUUAUAUCGCUAACUUUAGCUCGAGGACAACGACACGAAGGUCGGGAAGGCAUGACAGCGUAUUACUUAACCAAAGGCUGGGCUGGCCUAGUCGUUAUGGUCGAAAAUAGGCACGAGAAUAAAUGGAUUCAUGUCAAAUGUGAUUGUCAGGAAAGCUACAACGUGGUUUCCACCAGGGGAACAUUAAAAACUGUCGAUUCAGUGCCUCCUUUGACCCGCCAAGUGAUUAUCGUUUUGACGCAACUCGAAGGUAGCGGAGGAUUUUCCAUAGCACACCGUUUGACACAUCGACUAGCCAAUUCCCAGGGAUUGCACGAUUGGGGUCCUAUUGGUUCCAGUCACGAUCCCGAACUUGAUCAUCAAACCACCGGGUUACAUUCACCACGUUUAUUUUAAGUUAGUUUACGUAUCGUGACGGCUUUCGUUAUAUAUCGUUUUUGUUUAUUGUUACAAUUUUGAUUAAAUUACAUAGUCUGGUUUUUAAUGAUUAAAAUAUAAUUGAAAUGAU